AUGCAAAUUAAUUUUGAAGAAUUUGAAGCAUUAGAAAAUUAUCCAACAAAAGGAAUUUUACAAUUUUAUAUUUUAGUUGAUGAUUCAUAUAAUUUUGGAGUUAAUUAUGAAGAUAUAACAAACCAAGAAAAGUUUAGAGUUGUUUAUUUUGAGUCAAUUGAAAAAGAUGAAACUAAAUUACAAGAAGCACCAAUUAUUGAAAAUACAAAUGACGGUCCUAUAUUUACACCUUGUUUAUUACUUCCAGAAAAAGGAGAAAUGGGAAUUUCACCUAGCUGUUAUCAAUUUAAUAAAAUUGUUGAUAAAUAUGCAAUGAAAUAUGAAAUUGAUGAUUCAGAAAAAGAUAGUUUAAAUGAAUAUCUUUAUGAAUUUUUAAGUGUUCAAGAUGAUAUUCAUAUUGGUGGAUAUUCUUCAUUUACACAAGAGGAUCCUCGAUUCUAUGAUAAUAAACAACUUACUGAAACUCUUCUUCAAAUUGGAAGUAUUUUUGGUGGAAAUAAUUCGAACUAUAUAAUGUGGGGAGAUUGUGGUAUUGCUAAUUUCUUUAUUAAUACAGAAGAUCUUAAAGCAUCAAACUUUACUCGAGUUGGUUAUAUCUGGGAUUGUUGCUAA